AUGCAGAUGAAACUCCUAGCCAUCUUCCUCUGCAUUGCCGUGGCUGUGGCGUCAGCCGAGGUGCACUGGGACGAGAACGGGCAGUACCGGCUUGUGGAUACAGCUCCUUACACGCUAGCCUUCAAGCCGGUACCUGUGGCUAUGCCGACUCCGAUUGCGGUGCAAGAGUUCAAGCCGUUCCUCUACUCUUACAAGCAGAUCAGGGUUGGAGAAGACAAAAUCUUAUUUUUUAUUUUCAGGUCUGACUUUGAGUAUCAUGUAAUCCAGUCUAAGAAAGACCUCGACUCUGAGGAUGAACCUGGAUCAUUAAAGACUCAGAAGAAAACAACCAAAAGGAAAAACGCUUCUCAGAUCCCGAAACGUGACGCGGGCUGGUCGCUGGACAGAAACGUCGUCGAAGAAUGUGCUAGUAAAAGCAAGAAGAUCAAACCAAAGAAAACUGUGAAAAAGCACGCAUCGUCCGUGUUAAUAACUGAUACGUUGCAGGACAGUGACACUGACCUUGAUGAAGAAGACAAAACUAAAAGUACGACAACCAAGUCGAAGAAAGAGACACCUGAUUGUAAGCCAGGCUGGUUUUCAAACUGGGGUGACGAAGGACAUGUUGAAGCCCAGCGUCGAGCAUCCGCUGCCAACUCUCUGUCGUCCGUGCUGAUACGUCGCGUCCCAGGCGGCUACGUGCGUCGCACAGCUUCGUUAACCGGUGAUCUUUUUAUUGAUCUUAAACUGUAUAACGUAGUAGAUAUUCAAAACGUUCCAUCUGAAGCCCGUUGGGAGAAAGCGCUGGUUAAUUUUAAAUAUCGUGUGGAUUCCGUUUCGGAUAUAGUAGAUAGAAUAAAUAAGAUUCUAAAGCGUUGUAAGGACGACUUUACAGAUGAAGGAACCUUUUUCCCAGAUAAAAAAAGCCAAUAAUCUUUAAUCUUUUUUACGUCUAAUUUAGUCUAUUCCUAUGUCAAUAGGCAAAAUGCCUCAUAAUAGCUCCAUAUUUUGUUCAGUGUGUGACAUAAGUAUUCCAAGUAAAGCCUUUUCUGCUCACUUGCGCACUAACUUGCAUAAAAAUAAUAACUCUGUUCAAUUAACUCCUGAUAUUGAAAAAAUAAGCAGCGCUUUCCGUAGUAGAAUAGCAUCAUACAGAGUGCGUGGACCAGAGAGUAGCCUCCAUGACUCACCGGUAAAGUUUCUGUGCGCUCUUCGUAGACAUAUUAAACAUAUUCUCGAAGCGAGAAGGCUUGCUUUUGGAUCUAUAAAGGUUAACUUUGAACUGUUUGCUGAAUUUGGUUUGCCGAAAAAUGAAGCAUGUGAAAUUAAAUCAUUCGCUACGCAAAAUAUCAUUUUACAUCAAAGUUACGAAUUUAAAGAAAUAUUUUCAACCAUUUUGAAGACAUUGAGCACGAAAAUUGAUGAAUUUCAAGAACGGGACAGUGGCUGGAGCUUUCUACGAAACUUAUAUCUCGAGAUAAACAUAAACAAAUAUAAUCCUCUUAGAGCGUCUAGAUUUAUAGAAUUACCAAAGUUAAUAAAACAUCGAAGAGCUUGUGUAAAUAUUAAAAACAAUGACAAUUUCUGUUUUUUAUGGAGCAUAAUU